AUGUCUCAUCAUCCAUCAUCACAACGUGGUUCACCUUUUGGUGAUUAUGAUCCUUACUAUGGAGGUGGAGGAUAUUAUGGUCGUGGUGACAGAGCAAGCGAUUUUUCAUUGUUUAUGAUGGAUCCUAAUGUUAAAAUGUACUGGGUUGCCUUCUUCUCCUUACUUGCUUAUUGGGGUUUAGUAUGGUUCCUUCGUCAUGUCUUUGGUGAUGGACACUAUUCAUCAGGAGUCAAUACAAGAACAACUGAAGAUGGUGUUGCUGUUCCUCAAAAUACCGAUGCUACUGGAGGAUAUCGUGGUUGGAUUCAACGACCUGGUACUUCUAAUGCCCAUAAUAGAUUGACACGCGCAUCUCAAGUACUAGGUGAUCUUAUUUUGAUGUUGUUAUCUGUAUUGGUAUUAAAUACCAUUGGUCAAAGCCGUACAAGAAUUGUGAUGAUUUUAACUUGGGUAUUCUUUGGAUUUGCUGUAUUUUGGUCCAUUUUCGAAGCUGCCAAAGAAAGUCAUGUAGCACGUUUCCUUUUUGGGAUGAUCUUUUAUGGUAUUGUCUUGGCUAUCGGUAUUCUUUCCUUUACUCAUGGUUUCCAUGGAUUUUUUGACUGA